AUGCUUGCGACGCUGAGGUCCUUGGCCCCAAAGGACUGGGACACGGAGCACGAGGUGGCGUGGAACUGGCUCUGGGAGAACGUGGAGCGGGUGCUGAAGGUGCAGCUGAGCAAGCCCAAGACGCUGGAGCGUGCUCUGACGCACUUCAUCGCCUCCCUCUCGGAGGAGCAGGCCACCUACUUCCGCAAGGAGCUCUACAAGCGCUUCUUCUCCUUGGCGCCCAGUGGCCAGGACUACUUCAAGCAGUCCACCACCCGGCUGUACUUCUUGGCGGAUCGGGUGGUGGAGAUGACGGUGGAGAUGUUCCGUGAGCCGCGGAAGAUGGUCCAGGAGAUCAGCGGAUUGGGCUUGAGACACGUGGGCUGGGGCAUUCCCCCAGAGCUCUUCGGGCCCUACACCUCUGGCGCGGUGGAGACGGUACGGUCCAUGACCACGGAUGACAAUACCCAAGCGGCCUUCCGAUUCUCGCUCUCGCUGAUCGCAAAGAUCUUGGUGCGGGCUGUGUCCGAGGGAUCCACGCUGGUGAUGAGGGCCAUCAAUACCAACGCCGAGAGCGCCAUGAAGAAGGCCAUCGCCAUCGCCCCCCGGGGCAAGCGCGCCAUGGAGCUCCUGAACAUCUCCGUAGGCACUCAGUCCAUCUCUCCCCUCUUCUGGUCCAUCGAGAGCGGAAGCCUCAACAGCGCCCGCGCCAUGAUCGUGGACCUCUUGACCAUCCGCGCGGACCGGGACGUCUACUACUAUGGCUGCGAUGCGAUGUUUACGCGACAUCCUGACAUCAUCCUGCGGCUGUGCAAUGAUGCCUCCACCUUGCUUUGGACGUUGUUUGACGGCUUGGUGUGGCGAUCCCGCCUCGUGCAAGAUGGGCAACGCCGGGUGAACUACUACAUCAAGCACUUGGUGCAGGACUUGGAUGGGAACUUCAGCCCCGCGCUCAAGUGGCUGGCUCACCACAAGGACCCGAGGCUCGUGAGCCACGGGGUGGUCAUGACCUUUGCAGACCUCCUCUGGAACCGGCUGGCCUCCUUCCACUUUCUGCUAGGACGAGGCUACUUCCUCUUUACUCUUUUGGUGUUCAUCACCUCCCAGUCCUUCCUGGUGCCGGGAGAAGAGACGCUCUGGCGGAACAUUCUGACGUUUGUGUGCCGCUGCUUCCUAUAUUUGGGAAGUAUGAGCAAGCUCCUCUUCGACCAGUGCAAGCUGAGUUGCACCGGGUUGCGGGCGGGGGAUUACCAAUGGUAUUGGUUCAUCCCGGUGCCGAACUACUUGAAAGGCACCCAGCAGGCGGGCAGCGCUCUGCUGGUGCUGCUGCUGAUCCUGAUGUACGCGCAGGAGCCGAUCUUGUGGUGCGUGUCCUUUGCCGCGCCGAACCCUUCGGCGCUGCCCUUUACCACCACCUGCCUCGAGGCGCAGGAUGUGAUGACGUCCUACACCAUCUUCUCUUGCUUGGCCAUGCUGAUCUACUGGGCGCUGCUCAUGGACUUCACCUUGCUGUCCAUGCGUAUCUCCGCCUUCGUGCUGGUUUGUGGCAACGUCUUGGCGGACGUGGGCCUUUUCUCGCUGGCCCUGGUCUUCUUGAUCCUCGCCUUCGCCACGGCCAUCAGCUCCUUGAACCACCACCUCGUAGAGUUCGACGGCGUCGGGCCCUGGCUCUCGGGCCUACUGCAGAUCACGCUGGGCAUGUUCCCGCCCGCGAAGUACGCGGACUUCCGCGCGGACGUGCCGGUGCUCAUCGCGGUCUCCGUCUUUGUGGCGGUCAUCAGCAUCUUCUUGGUGAACCUGUUGGUGGCCCAGUUGAACCAGUCCUACCGUGACAUCUUCGAGGACAUGCAGGGCUUCGCGCGACUGAAUCGUGCGGGCGUCACCGCCGACAUCAUCGAGCAGGUGAGCCGGAAGCGGUGGUCCAAGUUCUUGUCCCACCUCCGCUUCGAUGAGCCCCUGGAGUUCAACGAGGGCGACGUGGGCGUGGCUGGCGGCAUGCAAGUUCUGGAGCCAGCCAAUGCCAAUAUGGUCACGGAGGACAGCAUCAAGCGCUACGGGGGCCCCACUGCGCCCUCUGCCCCGUGGCCCCAGGACACGGACGAGGCCAACGACGACGACCGCUUCCAACGCCUCGAGAAGCUCAUCGUGCGGGCCACCCGGAAGAAGGGCGGCAGCAAGGGCCACAAGGGCGGCAGCUCCACCAUGGACGCCUCGGACCUGGGGGAAUCGGAGCAGGGCUCCGACUUCAACAAGUCAUCCUCCACCUGA